CACAGGGGAGGCGAGCAGUCCAAAAGACCAGCAAACCAACAGCAAGCUGCUUCUAAGCCUGGAUCAUUGUAAGGAGCUAAGGCACUGCAAUAAGAGAACGGGUUAGAGGACAGAAAUAAUUUGGUGAACCAUGACUGCUUUUCUUCUACUGUGUGCCUGCCUCGGUGUCUCCUCUGCAGUGAGAAUGCUUGGAGAAAUAAAUGAUGAGGACAGUAUGCUUAGUGUUAGCAUCCCCGUGGAGCAGCCGCUGCGCCCCCUGCUAGGUGGGAAGAUGGUCAUCCCAUGUUAUUUCCAGGACAACACAAUCCAUGACCCUGGAGCCCCUACCAUUGCUCCUCUAUCACAACGCAUCAAGUGGAGCUACAUUUACAAAGGCAAAAUAAGCCUCAUCCUGGUGGCAAUUGGGGGGACAAUAUACACUGAACCAGACUAUUUGGACCGAGUCACCAUGGUGAACUAUCCCUCAGUACCCACAGACGUCACCAUAGAGAUCUCAGAGCUGCGCUCUAGCGAUUCCGGGACAUACCGAUGUGAGGUCAUGCAGGGCAUUGAGGACAACUAUGACUCAGUGGAGAUGCACGUUCAAGGCAUCGUGUUCCACUACCGGGCCAUAACAAGCCGCUACACCCUGACCUUUGACAUGGCAAAGGCAGCCUGCAUCCAGAACAGUGCUGUAAUUGCGACCCCUGAACAGCUGCAAGCUGCUUAUGAUGAUGGGCUUCACCAGUGUGAUGCAGGCUGGCUUUCAGAUCGAACUGUUAGAUAUCCCAUUCAUGAGCCCAGGGAGCCUUGCUAUGGAGACAAGGAAAAUUUUCCGGGUAUACGAACAUACGGAGUCAGAGAUGAUAAUGAGACCUAUGAUGUGUACUGCUUUGCAGAGAAAAUGUCUGGCAGAGUCUUCUACUCCAUGUCCAUGAAAAAGUUCACAUUCUUGGAGGCAUCUGAACAGUGUGGGAAGCUCGGAGCCCAACUGGCCACCACGGGGCAAUUGUACUUGGCCUGGAAAGCAGGAAUGGAUGUGUGCAAUGCUGGCUGGUUAGCAGAUGGGAGUGUGAGAUACCCUAUCAACAUUCACCGCCCUCAGUGUGGCGGGGGUCUCCUGGGUGUACGGACUGUGUAUCGUUUUCCAAACCAGACAGGUUACCCCCACCCAGACUCCCACUAUGAUGCUAUCUGCUAUGAGGGAGAGGCUAUAGUACCCAGUCCUUACCCUCCAGUACCUGAUGUACAUGUGACCACAGACUUCCAAUCCCAAGUACCUGACAUUUCCAGGACCACAGACUUCCAAUCCCCAGUACCUGACAUUUACAUGACCACAGACUUCCAUUCCCAAGUACCUGACGUUUCCAUGCCUACAGACACUGAGUUUAGUGUAGGCACCAUCACCUCCAGCCCAGUCGCCUAUCCUGAGAGUAUCACCACUGUGAGUGAAGCUCGAGGGACGGUUUUAACUCAUGAGCCCUCGAUUACCACCAUAGUACCACCCCCUUCCUUGUCUCCUACUGUAAUGGAAACUCUCACUCAGGAUAUGGUUGUUGUAGCUGCAACUCAGCCUGCUCUGGACCUUGAAGCACCCAGAGAAAAUGUCAGUACUGUUCCAGAAUUUAAAGGAGUGGUGUUCUACUACCACUUAGGUUCAACACGCUAUGCUUUCACCUUCCAUGAAGCUCAGAGGAGCUGUCAGGUGCAGGGAGCUGAAAUAGCCACGCCCAAGCAGCUGCAGGCAGCCUAUGAGGCUGGCCUGCAUCAGUGCAAUGCUGGCUGGCUCAAGGACCAGUCUGUCAGGUACCCAAAUGCCUAUCCUGAGGAGUGCUUUGGAGAUCAAAACAACGCUUCUGGGGUGAUCUCUCUUGGGCUUAGGCCUGCACAUGAACACUAUGAUGUGUAUUGCUACGUAGACCAAAUAGAGGGGGACAUCUUUCAUGUCAAUUCCCUGGCAAACCUUACCUACCAAGAGGCAGAAGAUCUCUGCCAUAGCCAGAAUGCCACCCUGGCCUCCACAGGGGAGCUAUAUGCAGCCUGGAGUCAGGGUUUCCAUAACUGCAACCCAGGCUGGUUGUCUGAUGGCAGUGUCCGAUACCCUGUUCAAACUCCAGAUAUUGGCUGUGGCGUAAAUAAAAUAGGAGUUUACACCAUUUAUGCUGCCCCUGACCAGACUGCAUUCCCAGAUCCUGACUCCAGAUAUGAUGCUUACUGUGUUAGAGAAACUGUGGCAGAAGGUGGCUUUCCCAGUGCUGAUGGUUCCAGCAGUGGCUUUCCCAGUGCUGAUGGUUCCAGCAGUGGCUUCCCCAGUGGAUAUGAAUCUGGCAGUGGCCUUCCCAGUGCUGAUGGUUCCAGCAGUGGCUUCCCCAGUGGAUAUGAAUCUGGCAGUGGCCUUCUCAGUGUUGAUAGUUCCAGCAGUGGCUUUCCAAGUGGAUAUGUAUCCGGCAGUGGUCUUGCCAGUGCUGAAGGUUCAAGUAGUGGUUUCCCCAGUGGCAAUGAUUUGGGCAGCACAAUCUCCAGUGGGGGUGUGUCUGGGUCUGGUGAGAGUGAUGAUGGAUCAGGCAUCUUUGUCAUCCUCACAAAGAGAGUAGACAUGCUCUCAGGAGUGGGAUCUACCAUAGGAGGCCCUCAAGAAGCAACAGAAGGGAGUGCAGUCCUUAAUACCUUGGGAAUGGAAUCUGGAGACAUCAGUGGGGACUACUCAGGAUCAGGUGAUGUGUUUGGAUCUGGACAGGAUAGAAGUGGGUCUGGUGGUCUGCCAUCUGGACCUGGCAGUGGAAGUGGCUCUGAAUUCACUGGCGAGCUGAUUGAUAAUGUCAUGAGUGGCUCGGAAUUCAGUGGAGUGCCCAGUGGUGAUGUCAUAAGUGGCUCUGGAUUCAGUGGAGUGCCCAGUGGUGAUCUCAUGAGUGGCUCUGGAUUUAGUGCAGUCCCCAGUGGUGAUGUCAUAAAUGGCUCUGGAUUCAGUGCAGUGCCCAGUGGUGAUGUCAUAAGUGGCUCUGGAUUCAAUGGCAUCUAUAGUGGUGAUGUGAUGAAUGGCUCUGGAUUUAAUGAAGUUCACAGAACAACCUCUGGAUCCACUGUUCUGUCUUCUGGUCUUUCAUAUAGAGAGGAUACAAGUGUCACACCAAAUGGAGGUUUGCUUCUAGACUUGGAGGAAGUUAAUGCCACCAAUGUAUCAUCUAUCAAUACCACCAGUAUAGCCGCAUUAACUUUUACAUCCAGUCCCUUUAUAAUGUACCAGAGACCAGGUACCAUGGACCAGCCCACUGUUACCGAAGCAGCCCAGGGAUGUGCAGAUGACUGGGUGGAAUUUGAGGGUAACUGCUAUAUCCACUUCAGUGAAAAAAAGGAUUGGAUGAAUGCUGAACUGCACUGCCAAGAGCUAAACUCUCAUCUGCUAAGCAUCACUUCCAAGCAAGAGCAAAUGUUUGUCAACAAUCACACUUGGGGCUACCAGUGGAUUGGACUCACUCGCAGAAACCAUGAAAAUGAGUUCCGCUGGACAGAUGGAAGCCCUUUGGAAUAUGAAAAUUGGAGACCAAAUAUUUAUCAUACUGCUCCAGAAGAGUGUGUAGCAAUGAUUUUUCACGAGUUUGGCCAAUGGAAUGAUGUGUCCUGUGCCUACCAACUGCCCUUCACAUGCAAAAGCAGAUCUGUCAAAUGCUCCACACCUCCUGAGGUUGAAAAUGCCAGGAUGUUAGGAAGUAGCAGGGAGUACUACCCAGUCAACUCCAUCAUCCGCUACCAGUGUGACCCUGGCUUCACACAGCGGCACCAUUCUGUGAUACGUUGCAUGCCAGAUGGCCAAUGGGAAGAGCCUAAAGUGGAAUGUGUAGCAAGCACUGCAACAAACAGACUACAAAAAAGAUCUCUCAAGCGGCAUCCCAAAGCAGUCAGCAGUCGAACAUGAAAGGUCCUCUAAACAGGACACAAGGCACGCACUUCAAAUCAUCUAGAGGACUGUUGUUAGUAAAAAGCAUCUCUGCACAAGCCUUAUUUGCCCAGAAGAAAUCCAGUAGCCUCGGUAACAGGGUCCACUUUAUACAAUAAUGCACAUUACGUUCUGUUCUGUUCUGUAGUCUGCCUGGCUGAUUUAUUUUCGAGUGUUACUCAGUGCCUUGCUGUUUGGGGAAAAAGAAGAAGGAAUGAGUUUUCUGAGUGAGAGUUCAAGGAAAGAAUAUGUUCCCACCAUUAAGCAGUUUUAUUUCUUAUACAACCCAAUGUUUAACCCAAAGUUAACCCCCUCAAAUCCCAGCAUAUUACUUGGAAUUGUGUAGCAAUUGCAGUGAAACUAAUUUGAAUAUCAUGUAGUUGGAAAAGUUAAAAUUGAGUGGACCAGACAGUGGGUACAAGUUUAACAACUAAAAGGUGAGGGGAGGGGAAUAAUCAUUUUUAAAAAUAGAUAAUUUUAGAUGGUUUUAAUCAACAACAGGCUGAAUCUUUGUGGAGAUUGGGGGGAAAAAAACGAAGCCCUGGAAACAAACUGCUAGAAACAAAAAAGUAUGCUUUAUGCUCACCUGGUGACACUGUUGGUCACUUUAUUCUUCCUGUUUUGCGCCAUUUUCUCUGCUUUUUCAUGAGAGUGAGUAAAAGAGAGAAAGAGUGAGUGAUUGUAUGGCGGGCAUAAGAGUAACACUUCUAUAAAAAGACAAAAGGCUUCAGUGACUACAGCUGGAUAUAAUAAACUCAAAAGUAUUUAAAAUUAAUUCUGAGGACAAGUUUUUUUCUUCUUGUUUUGUCUUUGUUGUUUGUCCUUUGUUUGUAUGACUAGCUUCAUCACAGAAAGCAAGUGAGACUGUGAAAGAUUACGCAUCACUUUCAUUUCUGUUUCUGUUCACUGGAAAUUUUUUAAAUUCACGAUAUCAUUUAACAGCAGAAAUGAAAACAUUAUUUAUUAAGGACUAAAAGCUUGAAGCACAUUUAAUUUUAUUUUCAUUUAGGAACGCUAGUCCACAUACGAAGCAAUGCUUAUAUUACAGAGAGACAGAGGAUUGCUAAUUGCAUAGAGCCGCCUGCCAAAACAAGCAAGCAAACAAACAAACAACGACAACAAAUUCCAGUGUUGAUAAUGGAAGAUGGCACAAAUAUUAACAUGUCCACAUGCCAAAAUUUAGCUGGGUAACCCAGAGCUGUCUCUGUAAGGUAAGCGGUGAUUAUUGCACUGGUUUAUAUUUUAGUCAUACAGAGUAUUAGCCUUCACAUUUAUAUGCCAUUGUCUUGCUGUCAACUGUUACACUGAGCUCAUAGCUAUCUGAGUGCCACACCUGUGUCCACUGAAUAAACAGAGACUAAAUACG